CGUCUCAUUAACGUCUGGCAAAUCUAAAUACAGUUUAAUAUAUAAAUAAAUAAACAUGCAAAGCGUACUUAACACAGUAAAAGGAACAGCGCUAAAUGUGGCUGAAUAUCUAACGCCAGUUUUAAAGGAGUCAAAAUUUCGAGAAACUGGUGUACUAACUCCGGAGGAAUUCGUUGCAGCAGGUGAUCACUUAGUUCACCAUUGCCCUACUUGGCAGUGGGCGGCAGGCGAUGAAAGCAAAACAAAGACAUAUUUACCAAAGGAUAAACAAUUUCUUAUUACACGCAAUGUGGCAUGUUAUCGCCGUUGCAAGCAAAUGGAAUAUGUAGGAGAGGAGACACUGGUUGAGGAAGAGUCUGGUGACGGUGGCUGGGUAGAGACACAUCAAUUAAACGAUGACGGCACAAGUCAACUCGAUGAUAAAAUAUGCGAGCUGACGUUAGAUGAGAGCAAGGACGAAAUGUUCACAAUAGAAAAUGGUAAGAGAUCGCCAUUAAGAGUGGUGACCACUGAUGAUGAUAAUGAGGACGAUGAUGAGGCCAUUGACAUGGAUACAUUUGAGGAAAGUGGCAUGCUUGAACUUGUCGAUCCUGCUGUAGCCACCACCACUCGCAAACAAGAUAUCGAAACUAAUCCUAGUAAUUUGGCUUCAGUCGUGAAUGCAAGCGAGACUACCAAUAGCGCAGAUUCCGUAUUGCGCACACGUACAUACGAUCUGCACAUCACAUAUGAUAAAUACUAUCAAACGCCAAGGCUAUGGGUGGUCGGCUACGAUGAGCAGCGUAAGCCGUUAACCGUUGAACAAAUGUACGAGGAUGUUUCACAGGAUCAUGCUAAAAAGACUGUAACAAUGGAAUCGCAUCCCCAUUUACCUGGGCCCAAUAUGGCAUCGGUGCAUCCUUGCCGACACGCAGAUAUUAUGAAGAAGAUAAUUCAGACGGUUGAGGAAGGCGGUGGCCAGCUUGGGGUGCAUUUAUAUUUAAUUAUAUUUCUGAAAUUCGUGCAAACUGUCAUACCAACUAUUGAAUAUGACUUUACGCAAAAUUUUAAUAUGUCCUAAACAGCUAGAUUUUAAGUUUAAUCAGACGGCAAUAUAAAA